GAUUAAAUCCCCCUGCAGAGAAGGAGCUCAUUGCUCCUGCAGCCUGCUCAAAGUGCUCCCCACCAUGACCUCCCUCUCCAAAAAGGUGCUCAGCACCGACAAGGCCCCGAGAGCAAUCGGCCCUUACAGCCAAGGAAUACUGAUCGACCGGACCCUGUAUAUCUCGGGGCAAGUGGGCCGGGAUCCUUCAAGCGGAAAGCUCGUAUCCGGAGGGUUGGUGGAAGAAGUUAAACAGGCUCUCACUAAUGUGGGAGAAAUUCUGAAAACCGCCGGUUGUGACUUCAGCAAUGUGGUAAAGACUACUGUCUUGUUGGCUGACAUCAAUGACUUCAGUGCUUUUAAUGAUGUCUACAAGCAGUUUUUCAAGGGAAGUUUUCCAGCCAGAUCUGCUUACCAGGUUGCUGCUUUGCCCCUAGGAGCACGCCUUGAGAUUGAAGCAGUGGCUGUCCAGGGGCCUCUCACAUGCGUCUGACUGAGAAUGGACAAAAGCUUCAUUGGCAGGUUCCGCUGCAAAAACCUAGGGAGCCAUGCAGUUUUUCAUUUCUUUUCUAGUUUCCGUAGUUGCUUUUGAUGAUUCUCCUGAAGUGCCACUUGAAUGAUCGAUCGAUAAAGCUGGACAUCCAGUGAGUAGUGGGGGAAAACACUAGGCCGUAAGCUCCCUCUAGAUUGUGAGCUCGUCGUGGGCGGGUGACGUGUCUACCAACUCGGCUGCAUCGUAUUCUCCCAAGCGCUUAGGACAGUGCUCUGCACCCAGGACGAGUUCAAUAAAUACGAUUGCCUGAAAAUAGAUUGGGGAUUUGAAUUCGAGGUUAAGACUGACGCUUCAACUUCUUCACCCAACCCACCUUUCCUAUUUGUCUCUCAUUUUGGCCUGAGGGCUUGUGGUGUUUAGCGAGCACCGGGACGGAAGUAGAAUUGGGCUCGGGUGGAUUAUCACCAGACGAGUAUCCGCGGUUCGUCUUUUAUUGGUGGAUGACCCGCUAGCCGUAAUUCUACUCGACAGCCGCACCUGUUGCCCAGAACCUUUUCCUUGAAUUAUUUUUCUUUUCUUGCCGUG